UWCAUGCUCCUUAAAGUCCUCCAGAGURUUCCAAAGCRCAUUUCCUGCGGAGAAUCAGUUGUKGGUCAAAUCGCUUAUAUACCAAAAACGGACAUUCUUUACUUGGAAUGUAMAUUUUCUCUGAAAUGGAACGGAGUCAUUUGGUACACGAAAGCUUYCAGUGAUUWUUGCAGUAACAAGUACUUGAGCUGUCCCUUGCUUAAAGGAAAGAAGUAUACAUUCACUACUACUUCUAAYAUGUCGCCUGCCUGCGUUCUUCCAAAGGGUCAUUACAAGGUGACAGUAUCAUGCACAGAUCAAAAAGACCAAGAGGUUGGCUGUCUCGUUUGGUUGGAGCUUUACGUGGGCUUAGGAUAGAGUUCAUUGGACGAUGACUUAUUAUAUAAUGCUGAGGUUGAUUUAACUGUAAAAUAAUCCAACAAAGUACAACAUCGCUCUUGAAGUUGUGUCAAUAUGCAGUGAUCGAGCCUUUCCCUACU